UCGAUACGUAAUCGAUGUUUAAUAAAACACAUGCUAUCGUUGCUAGUCCAUCUCUAAUUUGUGAGACUUUGUUUAUGUUUUAAUUUUUCUGCGGUAACUUGAUAUAAAAAACACGACAGGAUGUCGUAUAUGCUCCCGCAUUUGCACAAUGGCUGGCAGGUGGACCAGGCCAUUCUCUCCGAGGAGGACCGCGUAGUUGUAAUACGCUUCGGUCACGAUUGGGACCCCGCCUGCAUGAAAAUGGAUGAGGUCAUGUACAGCAUCGCCGAGAAAGUGAAGAACUUCGCUGUCAUCUAUUUGGUGGACAUCACCGAGGUGCCGGACUUCAACAAGAUGUACGAGUUGUACGAUCCCUGCACGGUAAUGUUCUUCUUCCGCAACAAGCACAUCAUGAUCGAUUUGGGCACGGGCAACAACAACAAGAUCAACUGGCCACUGGAGGACAAGCAGGAGAUGAUUGACAUCGUGGAAACGGUGUACCGAGGUGCCCGUAAGGGUCGGGGUCUGGUCGUCUCGCCCAAGGACUACUCCACCAAGUACAGAUACUAAAGUGGGUCGCGUACCCCGUCUACUUAGUUUAAUAUAUUUCAUUUAGGCGUAACAAAUUGAUGAUCCCAAAUAGAAGCGGCUGUCACUUGGCAACUUGUGUAUAUGUAUUUUCUUCUGGUUUAUUUUUCACUUGUCACAUUUCUCAUUAAUAUCGCUAACAUGUACAUCAA